AUGGAGCCCCCUUUAAGCAAGAGGAACCCGGCGCUCAGAUUAGCGGAUUUGGCAGCAACUCAGCCUCUUCCUCAUCAGAAUAUGACAGGCUUCCCGGGGCGGGGGCAUCACCCUCUCUCCCACCAUGCCCACCUCCACCCUGGGGAGCUGGGCAACGACCCCGGAGUGGCACUCACUCCAUUCGGACCAGAGCACAUGGCACAGACAAACGCUCUCAAACUCAGCCCGCCACAGCACAUCCAGAGCCACCACGAAGCCCAGACCACAGUCGGUUUCCCCGUGGCUCACCCCCACUCAGGCUACUCGAGCAGCAGGGACUUCAUCCUCAGGAGAGAGCUCUCAGCCUCUGCUAUGCAUGCACUUGGCGACCAGCAUAGUUCCGCCUCCUCCCCUCAUCACCAUGGCAUGUUCAUCUCCCCAACAGGUGCGUACGGGCACGCAGAAAGCGGGGCCCAUUCGCUUUUCACUGGACUCCACGACCAGGCGUCCCCGGGGCCCCACCACCACCACCACCAUGCCCUCAACGGGCAGAUGCGCCUGGGUAUACCGGGGGACAUCUACGGCAGGCCGGAGCACUUCGGGCACAGGCCGGAGCACUAUGGACCCUCUUCUCUCCACAGCUACAACUCCAUGAACCUAAACGUGAACAUCGCGUCCGCUCCUCACGGGGCAGCGGGGGCGUUUUUGAGGUACAUGCGGCAGCCCAUCAAGCAGGAGCUGAUCUGCAAGUGGAUCGACCAGGACCAGAGUCAGAAGAAGCCCUGCUCCAAGACCUACAGCACCAUGCACGAGCUGGUCAACCACGUCACGGUGGAGCACGUCGGGGGACCGGAGCAGAGCUCGCACGUCUGCUUCUGGGAGGACUGUCCGAGGGAAGGGAAGGCUUUCAAGGCGAAGUACAAACUGAUCAACCACAUCCGAGUCCACACCGGGGAGAAGCCCUUCCCGUGUCCUUUCCCGGGUUGUGGGAAAGUGUUUGCACGGUCAGAGAAUUUAAAGAUUCACAAGAGGACGCACACAGGAGAGAAACCCUUCAAGUGUGAGUUCGAUGGCUGCGACAGAAAAUUCGCCAACAGCAGCGACCGAAAGAAGCACUCCCACGUCCACACCAGCGACAAGCCGUACUACUGCAAGGUCCGCGGCUGCGACAAGUCCUACACGCAUCCCAGCUCUCUGCGGAAGCACAUGAAGGUGCACUGCAAGUCCCCUCCGCACUCCACCACCACCACCAACACCACCAACACCAACAACACCACCAACACCAACGUCCCCUACAUAUCAUCCACGAACCCGCUGGGGGACUCGCUGUCUCCCAUCUCGGAGCCGCACAGGAACCGGGCCUCUGCAAACCUGUCCCCUCAGGUGACCAACCUCAACGAGUGGUACGUGUGCCAGGGCAGCGGAGGGCCCCACCACCUCCACACCCCGUCCAGCGACCUGCCAACGUCGGACUCGGACGAGGACUCUUACAGACACUCAGACCCGAGGACAAUGCUCUGA